AUGUUACGCACAACAGUAUUAAGAACUAGCGACUAUGUCGCCACUCCACUCUAUCUCCGUACCGUAGCCUCAUACCGUUCCUACUCAAUUGCCCAAAAAUGUAAAGAAACACUUCACUGGGUCAACUUGAAACUCGGAAGAGUAGCAGCCAAAGAAAUCGAAGUUGCAGAAACAGUAGCCCAUAAGACUGCUGAAGGUGCCAAAUUCGCAGCCGAAGAAGCAAAGCUGGCCGCUGAUAUCGCCAACAAGACAACCGGGAAAGUUUUAGUUGAAGGUAUAGAAUUAGGUGAAAAAGUUGUCCAUGGUGCCGAAGCAGCUGCUCAUUUUGCCGAAGAAGAAGCAGAAAUUUUGAAUAAAAAGACAGGGAAGAUUCUUGUUGAAGGUAUAGAAUUGGGUGAGAAGGUUGUUCAUGGUGCUGAGGCUGCUGCUCAUUUGGCAGAAGAAGAAGCUGCUUUGUUGAAUAAAAAGACGGGGAAGAUUCUUGCUGAUGGAAUAGAGAUUGCUCAAAUUAUUAAACAUAGACAUGAUGCAAUUUCAAAAGUUAAAGCGAAUAAGAGGGGCUAUGCUAGUUUACAAGAUAAAGGUGCCAAAGUUGAAACUGAACAAAACAGACCAGAUGAUGGAUUAUAG